AUGUCGCGGCAAGAGCCCACGGCGCCGAUGCCGCGGAUGACAGACUCCCAGAGCGGGCCAGGAGGUCCCCAGUCGCUCAAGUUCGCCGCCCUCUCCGUGCAGUCCUACCACCUCGACAGCCCGCCCUUCACUGGAGCGGCGGUCGGAGGCAAAGGGCCUCUGGACGAAGCAGGGCAACAGAUCCUGGACGCACACCACGCUGCCGGCACCGAAGCACACCCGAGCGGCAGCAGAAAGGCCGCAUCCAGCCCUCUGGCCCGGUCCAGGAAGAUGACGGCCGACGGCGACGAUGACCCCUACACACGCUCCCUUUCCCAGAGCGGGUCCUCGCAGAACCAGCACCCCGCCAGCGCCAACGCGUCGCAGCAGGCCAGCCUGGACGUGGCAGGGAGCGGUCAGCGGCAGAGGGACGGAGACGUGCCCGACUGGGACCUCGAUGGCAAGACGAUCUCGAGGGAGGGCAGCUCCACCAGCCUGGCCACCCUCGGACCCCGCAAGGGCUUCUCGGCUAUGACGCCGACGGCAUCUGUCGCGACGACGGCGGUGACGACCAACGGCAUCGUUGCGGCGUCCGCCUCCGGGGACGGUGCCUCCAAUGCCGGCCCUAGCGUAUCAUCGAGGCCGAGCGGAUCACGAAGGACGAGCCCAUCGGGUCAGCGGCCCACGCUCGAGGCGAGCGGCGACGGCGAUGCGGGGCGUCCUGACUACACGCAGUUUUCCGAAGACGUCGACGGGCAGGAGGAUGCGGCAUCGUCGGCGACGGGUAUGGACGAGGAGGUCGACGGAGACGAGGGCAUCGUCUUCCGCGGCGGCAAGCUGCGCGACGGGCAGGUGCCGCGCCAGGGCCAGAGCAAGGAGGAGUACAGCUUCCCGCGCCACCGGCUGCCCACGCGCAUGCGCGACGACUCCAAGACUCCGCUCGUCAUUGUCGCCUGCGGCAGCUUCUCGCCGCCCACCUACCUGCAUCUGCGAAUCUUUGAGAUGGCCAAGGACCAAGUCGUCGAGUCUGGCAAGUAUGAGCUGCUUGCCGGAUACUACUCGCCGGUAUCCGACUACUACAAGAAAGAGGGGCUGGCCAAGGCGACGCACCGAGUGCGGAUGUGCGAGCUCGCCGUUGAGAAGACGUCGACGUGGCUGAUGGUGGAUGCGUGGGAGUCGCUGCAGGGCGAGUACCAGCGCACGGCGGUGGUGCUGGACCACUUUGAUGAGGAGAUCAACGGCGGGCCAAACGGCGGCGUGCUGCUGAGCGACGGGACGCGGAAAAAGGUCAAGAUCAUGCUCCUCGCCGGCGGAGACCUGAUCCAGAGCAUGGGCGAGCCGGGCGUAUGGGCGACGGUUGAUCUGCACCACAUCCUGGGCCAGUACGGCUGCCUAAUCGUCGAGCGGACGGGCGCCGACGUAUGGUCGUUUUUGAUGUCGCACGACCUGCUGUGGAAGUACCGGCGCAACCUCAAGAUUGUCAAGCAGACCAUCUACAACGACAUUUCGUCGUCCAAGGUGCGCCUCUUUGUCCGGCGCGGACAGAGCAUAAAGUACCUCCUCCCCAACAGCGUCAUCAACUACAUUGAGCACAACGGCCUGUAUCGACUGCCAGACGAAGACGCACUCGCACCACCCAUGGAUACCAACUGGUAG